AUGGUUUCAUUGUCUGUUUAUCGAUAUAGUGUAAUAAUUCUAUGUCUAGUUGGUAUUAGUCUUUCAUUAUAUGCAUUCUAUGUUGAAACACGAAGUACAAAUGAUCAUUCUUAUCGAGCUGCUUGUGAUAUUGGUGAACGUAUGAGUUGUUCACGUGUAUUAACAUCUCGAUGGGGUCGAGGUUUUGGUUUAUUUAAUGCUGAUUCACCAUUGAAUUUACCUGAUUCAUUGUUUGGAUUUAUUUAUUAUUGUUUAUCUUUAAUUCUUAAUCGAUCAUAUACAUCAAAAACAGUUGCUCGUCUACGUGUUUUUCUUUCAAUAAUAACCAAUCUUGGUACUGUCUAUCUUGGUUAUAUACUUUAUUUUGUUUUACAUGAUAUAUGUGUUGUUUGUUGUGGAAUGUAUACUGUUAAUUUUUUAUUAUUUAUUUGCAAUUUAAAAUUAUUAACAAUGGCAAGCACAAAUAAACUGCUCUCAUCUUAUACGCAACCGGCGUCUUAUAACACAUCACAAACGCCUUCUUUACAUCAUUUAAUCAUUGAUCCUCAUUCAACCGGUCACGUCCAACAACAACAGCAACAGCAGCAGCAGCAACAACAAACUCAACAGCAACAUUCAACAACAAUAGCAAAUAUGGCAUUAACAGCUGAACGUGAAGCUUAUUUACGACUGGCAGCACAUUCAAUGGAACGUUCUGAUCAACUUGCACCACAUUUUAAUAUUCGUUCACCGAAAGCCUAUGGUGGUUAUGCUGUAAAAAAAUUAUGA